AUGGAAAAGCUAUUGCACUGGUCUAUUGCUAAUGCGCAAGGUGAUAAAGAAGCCAUAGAGAAAGCAGGCGCUCCUGAUCCAAAGUUACUAGAGCAAUUAUUUGGUGGUGGUGGCCCUGAUGAUCCAACCUUGAUGAAGGAAGCUAUGGCUGUUAUAAUGAAUCCAGAGGCUGAUCUGGAGAACAAGUUGAUAGCUUAUGAUAAUUUUGAAAUGCUAAUUGAAAACUUGGAUAAUGCAAAUAACAUAGAAAAUAUGAAACUGUGGGAACCCAUACUAAAGACUUUGGAAGAUAAUGAAGCUGAUUUGCGUGCCAGUGGUCUUUCUGUCAUAGGAACAGCAGUUCAAAAUAAUACUGAUUCCCAAACUAAUUUUUUAAAAUAUGAAGGUGGAUUGAAAAUACUUAUUGCUAUUGCAAAGAGUUCCGAAGAGCCAAGCGACGUUAGGAUAAAAGCAUUUUAUGCCUUAUCCAACCUUCUACGGAAUCAUAUAGAGGCAGGUAAGAAAUUUCAAGCUUUAGGUGGUCUAGACGUUUUUCCAGUUGCACUAAAUGAUCCAAAGGCCACUCCAAAGCUGAAAAUGAGAGCUAUAUCUGCUCUCAGUGCAUUUCUAUCUUCGUCAAAGAUUGAUGAACAACUAUUAGAUACACUAAGAAAAGAUGGUGUCCUUGUAUCUGUGAUAGAAAACCUAGGUACGGACAAUGUAAAUGUCAUUGAUAGAGUACUAUCGGUUCUUUCUCAUUUGAUAUCGUCUGGUAUAAAAUUUAAUGACAGUGAACUUGAGAUGCUGCAAAAAGAAUUUGAAAAGAUUGACUCUUUAAAGGACAGACUAAAUGAAGAUGAUUAUUUGGCGGUAAAGUAUGUAUUUUCCAAAAAAUAA